UCCUAGUCGCUGCAAGAAGAAAGAAAAUAAGAUUUAGCAAUCCGUGCAGGAUGAAAUAAUAAUAAUAAAGAAAAGAAGAAAAAAAAGCUUCGAGAAUCCCGUCUUCUUCAUCUUUCAAGAAGCCAAAAGUAACCGAGGAUGAAAAUUUCUAGAAGUGAGGAAAAACGAUAAGAACUCUUUUCUUUGUGGAACGGGUGUACUUCAAUUCUUCAAACAUGUGACUUAAUUGUGCUCAACAUGCUUGAAACCUCGGCUCAACUAAAUGAGUCGUUAUUAGUGACCACACCAUAUAAUCCGGACGAUGACUAUGACGAUUCAUGGGACACCACUACAAAAUGUCUCGUUGGAAUCCCCCUGGUCACCAUCAUUUUCAUGGCUAUCACCGGCAAUCUUCUAGUCUGUCUGGCUAUCUACACAGACCGAAGACUACGCAAAUUAGGCAACUUAUUUCUCGUGUCCCUGGCACUUGCUGACUUAUUUGUGUCAUCUCUAGUUAUGACAUUUGCUGUACCAAAUGAUCUCAUGGGAUAUUGGAUGUUUGGACCACAAUUCUGCGAUACUUGGGUAGCUUUUGAUGUCAUGUGCUCAACAGCAUCCAUCCUCAACCUAUGUGCAAUAAGCUUGGACAGAUUCAUUCAUAUCAAAGACCCUUUACGUUAUGGCCGCUGGAUGACAAAGAAAGUUGUGCUGAUGGCUAUAGCUGGAAUAUGGCUGACAUCAGCAUUAGUAUCUUUUCUGCCUAUAAGCCUAGGCUGGCAUAGGCCUAAAAAAGUGACUGAAUCCAUUGACGAAGAACUUCGGCCCACGUGUGCUUUAGAUUUGACGCCAGUUUACGCUGUGGUAUCAUCGAUUAUCAGCUUUUAUGCGCCGUGUGUAGUCAUGGUAGCAUUAUAUACAAGACUAUAUCUAUAUGCCCGAAAACAUGUGCGAAAUAUUCGGGCCGUCACCAAGACAAGAAAAUCCAGUGGGUCCAAUUCUUGCAACUCUAAUCAUCAUAAUCAUCACCAUAACAUGGACCACAAAGCUGCUAUCACCUUAGGUUUCAUAAUGGGUACCUUUCUCGUGUGUUGGGUGCCCUUUUUCUGCAUAAAUAUUGUUGCAGCUGUUUGUAAAUCAUGUAUAUCAGACAUGGUCUUCAAGUUUCUGACAUGGCUUGGUUAUUGCAACUCGGCUUUGAAUCCAAUUAUAUACAGUAUUUUUAAUACAGAGUUUAGGGAAGCAUUCCGUAAAAUAAUUCUUACUUAUCUUCAGAUCGAGUGCUGUCCUUGUUGCAAACAGACUUACAGAGAUCGCUGUGAUACCAGACGCACCACAUUAGGUGUUGGUAACAGUAAUAAUCAUCUGCCUCCGUCAUCACCAUUAAAUCCAGACCCUAUAAACAGGAUAGAAAUGCAUGGUGAUUGGUCAGGUAAAUCAUCUGAUGUGUGACAUCACUGAUAUCACCGUCUUACAUCUAAUUGUGAAAAUGUUUCUACUAAAAAAAAAUUUUAUUUUUGAAAUAAAUCAGAAGAAUUUAAAUUUCUAAAAUGAAAUAACAUCUGAUAUUUAAUUGCAAUUGCUCUUCAAUGCAUUAGAUUGAGUUAAAAAUUUCUUUUUGCUUUGAAACUAUGUACCAAAAAUAGAUCAGAACAUGUAAGUGACGGUGAAUAAAAAAUCCUAAUUUAUAUUCAAAAAUUUUAUGAAAGACACUCAGAAAAACAUAUGAUUUAAUUUCUGCUGUCAAAUUUAAUUUUAUUGGCUAAUGAACUAUAACAAAAGUAUUAUAAUUAAUAAAAUGUCCUUGGAAUCAAUAAACUGAACAACGAAAGUCUUGUAAUGAUUACACGUAUUUUAAACAAGAAAACUUUCAGGAUAAAUUGUUGUGAAAAAACUAUUUAUUUGUUUUAAAGUUUUUUCUAAUUAAUUUUUGAUAAAAAUUAAUUAUGUUUCGAGUUUUUUUAGUCCUUGGGAACUGUAUAUUUCUCUCUUUUCUCCUACUGUAAAUUAUUAUAGAGGGAAAAAAAGUAAAAUAGAAGGAAAAGAUAUAAAUCAUAGCGAAAUCUUUCUUAUUGAUUUGUUUGACUUAUUUAAAAAGUUAAAAUUAUAAACAUAAAUGUGUGUCUUUUUAUUUAUUGUUGACGUACUUAUAUGUUUUAGCAUAAAUCAAAAUGAUUUAAUAAAUACGGUUUAAAUGUUAACAUUAUGAAUGUUUUUCUUAGGGGCAUUAUCAUAACAAAUUUUGCUCCCUGUUUACACUUGCCUAAAAGAACAUAAAAUAUGCAUAUUUUUAUAAUAUUUUAAAACAAUAUAUUAUCAUGUAAAUACAAAAUAGCAAUCUCGCAUUAAAGUAAAGCCAACGGUAUUGUACUUAUACUGGUUAGAAAAGCAAUAAUUCCAUAAUCUAUAUUGUAUUAAAUCAAUUACUAAAAGUGAAGGGCUUGUGUCAGUAUAGUGAUAAGCCACAUUUGUUUUCUAAAUAUUUUAAUCAAACUGCUCCUUAGUUUUGUUUUUUGAUAGAUACCUUAAAAGUUCCUAGAAUUUCCAAUGUCAACACAAUACGGAAAAGUACAGUUUCGCCUGAACACGCACUUCUGAAUGAUUUUUUAAAUGUGUUUUUUCCAUAAAUACUGUUCCAACUCUUUCAGUUAAAGAAGUGUUACUUAAACUAAAUCGAGUUUUAUAUUUCCUGUAUGAUUUAUGCCGCAAAAUAUUAUAGUGACACAAUACAAUAGAAGUUUGAUAUUUUACUUAUGUUUUUUACAUAUUUAUUAUAAGAACAGUUUUUUGAAUCAGUAAUGACGCUUAUUUGCGCUUUGAUAAAUGAACUGAAAGCGUGCGCUAGUAAUAGUAUAUGUAAUAUUUUAUUAUUUUAAAUAUCACCAAUUACUUAACAUGUUUAAACACAUAUCAAAUAAAUAAAUAUAAAUCACUUAAUGUAGAUUUUGAAUCUUAUAAGCAUACGAUUUAAUGAAUUUAAAUGUUACUUACAUGUUUAGUAAUUUAUUCCUCUUAACUAUAUAACUUUCAAAUGUGGUUUUUUUCAUUGUUUAAAAUUUAACAUGAACUAGCCCCGCUGAAGUACCUUGUUUUCACUUUUAACUUUUCUUAAGAAAAAUCACAUUAUUGUCAAAGUUUUCGAUGUAUUGGAUUUUCAAUAAUUAAUUGAAUAUUAUAAUAUAAGGAGUAAUAAUUUAAAAUCCACCCGACAAGUAUUAAAUUACACAAACAGCCAUAAGUAAAAGUUUGGGACAUUUCAACACAAUAGUAAGCAGAAAUAUUAUAAUUAUAUCCAUCUUUGUCGUGAGAUAAGAUGCAAAAUUAGUUAUGUUUAAAAUUUCUACAGCCACUUUAGAAAGGAUAAAAAAAUGAGUCUAAAUAAUUGCUUUGUAGUUAAACUUUCUAAAUAAAUGCUUAAAGUAUAGAUAAUUAUUUAACAAUACUUAAAUUAAAACAACCUGGCAAAAUGAAUUAUUAUAGAUUAUUUUAGUGUUGCCAAUUUAGAUAGAGAAAUAUUCGCGUUUUUGGUGCCACACUAGAAAAAUAAAUAUAUAGAUUACGUAAACGAAUCCAAAAGUAACAUAAAUGCUUUGCAUGAAUCAAUGUGUGUGUUACUAGAAAAAAAAAUGGAAAUCUAGCACUGUUAACAAUGUCAAAAAUCUAUCGGUAAUGUGAGCAGUGACCGAUAAUGUUAACCGUUUUUCACAUUGCCUAGGUAUUGUUUACAAUGCCAUAUAUUGAAUCAGUAAUGUAUGAAAAGGAAUAUUUCAUGAUUUUCAUUUAUAUAAUUAUGAUUUAUUAGUAUAAUAAAUAGUGCAACAAGUAAGCUCAUAUUUCAUUUCAUUAAGAAGGACAUUAUGUAAUAUUAACGUUUACCAGAUUAACCGGAAUAAUAAGUGGGCAGAAAUGUACACUUGCCCGGUAUUUCCUACGCUGAUAUUUGUUUAAGGACCAUUUCCCGACUUUCACUAUAUUAUUGUGAUUCCAAAUAGGAUGUUAUUAAUGAUAACCUGUUGGGAUGGUGAAAUUAAAAUUUGAGUUUUAUAAGAAAUUAAUUUAUUGAAUAAAGGAAUUGUUAUUUUAUCCCUUAAGUAAUAUUCCUUUCCUAAAAAUUAUUAAUCAAAAAAUUUAAUUCAAAAUUUAAUAAAAAUCAUUAAUUAUUAAUAAAAAUUACGAUUUAUUUCGAACUCAGCCUAAAAAUGCCUGUCAUUCUAAACUCUGUGAAUAAUACAGGAAUUUCCUACAUUGCUGGUGACGUAACGAAAUCGUAAUGAGUUAAAGGUUAUGUGAUCCAGUUUUUUUUAAAAGAAAAUUUACAUUUAAAUUUCUAAUUCAAGCAUCGGUUGAAUAACAAAAUUAUUUUUCUAACAGUUACAAAAUAAAUUUUUAUGGAUUAGAAUCGUUACCGUAUAAUCAGGAUAUAAGUUACGAUUUUUGUUGCAUUUCGACCAAUUUUUUUUCGAGAAAUGAUCCUUCAGUUGCUCAUUUAAUGACGUAUUUUAUAACCACUCUCUUCGGUCUUUAUACACAAGAAUUUACUUUUUGACUUUGCAUGUAUAACGUUAUUUAACGAAGUGAAAAAAAGUUAAUAAACAUUAAAAUGUAACAAGUUAAUUAGAGAAUGUAAAACUCUAAAGAGCAUAAUACUGAAUCAAAUAGAGGAUUACCGUCCUUAAUAAAAUAUUCUUAUGAUGCUUGUCAAAAAUGUAGCAAAUAAAUAUUAAAUCCAGGAAAAAAUAAAAACAUUAUUGAAGUCUAACAAAAUAAAAACAUCAAAACUUGUUUAAUAGCAAAAGAAAGCAGAAGUUGUUUAUUACACAGAAGUUUGUUAUUACGCAGACGAGAAAGGAAGCAGACGAUUAUUUAAAAUAUUUUCAUUCAACUGGCAAUCAAACAAGGAUUGGUGUUUUCAAUACCACCUUUUCCAGUAGUGACUCCCCAGAAUAUGAAACCAUUUUUUUCUCCCAUUUUUCCAGAAUGUUAUUUUAUGAUCUAUAAUAUUCAUAUUUUUACUACAUUUUUGACAAGGAUUCUCAACGAUAUGUAUAUUAACGUCCAUGAUUACUGUCUAUCAAGCUUCAAAUAAAAACCCUAACUAUAUUUCCCAGAUAAUUUCAACUCUUUCUUUAGAUCAGAUAAUCUCAGCACAUUAGAAUAUUUAAAUGUUAAUUGUAGAAACUCUUACAUAAUGCAUACUCCGAACAUGGUAUAAUCGUCUUUAUGGUUUUGCAUUUAGAUUAGAAUCUCGAUGUUUAUUACACGUUACAAUGUAAAUUGACGCCCGACUGUUUUAAACUCAGUUGAUGCGUGAAAUUUAUAUCGCUGUCAAACAUGCAAAAAAAAACUCUUUCUUUUUCUUUUUAUUUUUGCCUUGGUGCGGAAUUUGUCAUUUUAUUGAGAAGGGAUCAAUUUAUAAUUCCGCUAAAAUAUUCAUUCAUAAAAAAAAAGCUAGAUAAUGCAUGUGACAGCCAACUUAAUGAUAUAUGAGCUUGAAUAUUUAUCAAAAAAUACUUUUUCGAAGCAUGGAUAAAAUAAAAGCAAAGAAUGGAGUUAAAAAAGAGCUUAAAAGAUAUAAAAAGUAGAUUUUUAUUAAGUGAACGCGAAUUUGAAAAAA